AUGCCUUCCAAGGCCAGUCCCACCGACCCAUCAGCUCCCCUCGAGCUGAAUCUGGGCCACCAAGACAGCGCCGACCCCCCUUUUAACAGAAACAACCUGCCCACAACCCGUCGAGCCCCUCCAAGCCUCCUCUCCCCACACGCAACCCACCUCUACACACUCUCCUACCUCGUCUUCUUCUCUAUAUUCGGCACCCUCGCCCGCCUCGGCCUACAAGCCUUAACAUUCUACACCGGCGCGCCAGUCGUGACAGGCGUCCUCUGGGCAAAUGUAGGCGGCAGUCUAAUAAUGGGCUUCCUAGCCGAAGAUCGCAACCUCUUCCGCGAAGAAUGGGGUCGCAAACCCUCACCACCGCCCAAGGACAGCACCGAAGCAGCCGAGCAGAACAAAAACCACAAAGCCGUCAAGAAAACCAUCCCGCUCUACAUCGGCCUCACAACUGGCUUCUGCGGUUGCUUCACCUCCUUCUCAUCUUUUAUUCGCGAUGUCUUUCUCGCCCUGGCAAAUGCUCUCCCGGACCCCUCCCUAUCGGCCGCCGGCGACGCCAUCGCAUCCCGCAACGGCGGAUAUAGUUUCAUGGCGCUGGUCGCGGUUAUACUCAUAACCGUCUCGCUGAGUCUAUCAGCCUUAAUCUUCGGCGCACACCUUGCCCUCGCACUAGUGCGAUUCACACCAACAGUGCCCUUCAAACUGACGCGGCGCGUACUAGAUCGCGUAGUCGUCGUCCUGGGCUGGGGCUGUUGGCUCGGAGCCGUAUUUAUGGCUAUCUGGCCGCCGGAUCGAGGGAGCGGUGGUGUCGAGACGUGGCGUGGUCGUGCGGUGUUUGCUUGUGUUUUUGCGCCGGUGGGCUGUUUAUUGCGAUUCUACUUGUCGUUGCAUUUGAAUGCUCGGAUCCCUGCAUUCCCGUUGGGGACGUUUACGACUAAUAUCUUUGGCACGGUUAUUGAGGGGCUUUGCUAUGAUCUUCAGCAUGUUAGUGGGCUUGGUGCUGUGGUUCCGGCUGCUUUGACGGGGUGUCAGGUUUUGCAGGGUGUCAUGGAUGGGUUCUGUGGGAGUGCUACGACGGUUAGUACGUGGGUUGCGGAGCUGAAUGGGUUGUCGAAGAGGCGGUAUGCAUAUAUGUAUGGGAUUACGAGUGUGGUUGUUGCGCUUGGGUUUUUGAUUGUUAUUAUGGGAUCGUUGCUUUGGACGCGUGGGUUUGCUGAGGCGGUUUGUGGAUGA